AAGGAGAAUCAAUUCACGAGGAAUCAUUUGGUUUGAAUAACACUUCAAUUAAUUCUUUUUUAAUACAUAUCUAUAUUUAACCCUUCACUUUCUCCCCAUUCCAUACUUGUGUAUCCUCAUCUAUUAGAAAUAACGCAAAAAUGGGUGGCCUUGAAGCAACAAUGAUUGCAAUUGAUAACUCCGAAUUCAUGAGAAAUGGAGACUACGUAACCUCUAGAUAUGAUGCUCAGCUUACUGCUACUGAGUUUAUUUUCCAGAACAAGGUGAACUCUAAUCCAGAAAACACUGUUGGAUUACUUGCUUACGGUGGGAAUGGUCCAGAAGUGUUGUCAACUUUGACCACUGAUUUUGGUAAGAUUUUAUCGGGAGCUCAUGAAACUAAGAUUCAUGGUGAAUCCCAUUUCUCAAAUGGUAUACUGGUUGCUGCAUUGGCAUUGAAGCAUCGUCAAAACAAGGUUCAAGCACAAAGAAUUAUUGUUUUCGUGGGAAGUCCAAUCGUGGAAUCAGAGAAGGAAUUGGAGAAGUUGGCAAAGAAGAUGAAAAAGAAUAACAUUGCCGUAGAUAUUAUAAAUUUUGGUGAGGAAUCAGUCAAUACUUCCAAAUUAGAAAAGUUCAAUGCCACUAUAAACAACCACGACAAUUCACAUCUUGUUACUGUACCACCGGGCCCUAGAUUAUUGUACGAAGUUAUUGCUUCUUCACCUAUUCUUCUUGAAGAAGGCUUUGACAUGGGUGGAGACAGCAUGAAUGAUGGCUUCGGAGGAGGUGUUGGUGACAUUAUUGAUCCUAACAUGGACCCAGACUUGGCAUUGGCAUUGAGACUCUCUUUGGAAGAGGAAAAGUUGAGACAAGAAAGGGAAGCAGCUGACAAGGCAAAGGAAGAAUCUUCCAAGGAUUUAGAAAAGAUUGACGAGAAUAAGGAGGGAAAUGAAGAAAGUAAGUAAAAGUGAUAUAGCUAAGUAGAAUCGAACUGUAUGACUGCAUUUGCUUGAAUAUACAGAAAAUUA